AUGGAGCCCACGAGAAACUAUCCACUGUUCGGGGGUGCCUUCUCCGCCAUUCUCCCCCCCGGGGCGAUUGAUGUAAGUGACCUCCGACCGGUCCCAGACAAUCAGGAAGUUUUCUGCCAUCACACGACGGACCAGAGUUUGAUCGUGGAACUUUUGGAGCUGCAGGCCCACGUGCUGGGCGAAGAGGCUGCGCGGUACCACUUUGAGGACGUUGGCGGGGUGCAGGGUGCUAGGGCUGUGCGAGUGGAGGCUGUGCGGCCCCUUCCUUUGGAGAACCUGGCCUUGGGGGGCUGCUGUCAAGAGGCCUGGGCCCUCGCUGGCAAGCAGCAGAUAGCUAAGGAAAACCAGCAGGUAGCAAAGGAGGUAACAGUACACCAAGCCUUGCUGCGGCUGACCCAGUACCAGACUGAUGUCCUGCUCACCUUCAAUCAGCCCCCGUAA